AUGGAGGUCGAGAGUCCGCCUACAACGACGUCGCUCAUUCAAGCUGGAGAGUAUCUUAUUGUCCAGAAGAUUGAUGGCGAACAAAGUCGAAUUGUGAGGUUCACACCGAAACAAAAGAUUCUAAUCGAGAAGUUGAAGUUCACAUCUGAUAGUGCCUUCGGGAAACCACAUGGAUUGUUCGAAGUAUCCAACAAUCAGUGCUUUCCAAUGUCAGUUGACAGGCUUAUCGAAGAACUUCAACUCCAGGAAGCUCCUGUGGCAACAACUCUUGCCGAUUCUGAGGUAGUGCUCUCUGAGAUUGUAGAAUCAUCGGAUCUGAGAGUCGUCAUCGCUCCAUCAGCCCUAAAACUUGAACCAGAACAGAAGCGACAAAAAUUGGAAAUGGACGCUGUUUUGGAAAUGAAGAAACAAGGAGUAAGCGGACAAGAAGUGGUUGCAAAGCUUGUCGAGGGAUCCGCAUCCUUUCAAACAAGGACCGUGUUUUCGCAGAGCAAAUACAUCAAAAGAAAGGCAAAGAAGCAUAGUGAUAGGUAUAUCUUUUUACUCAACUUGGCAACCCAAAUAUCUUACAGAGUUCUUAUUCUGCGCCCAACGAUCCGCCUACUCGCCAAGGCGUAUUACUUGAAAGAUCCAGAUCGUCUUGCUAUGCUUCGUGCUGAUCAACUGGCUUUGAUUCUGCAAAUGGCAGGUGUUCACCAUGGCAAAAAUGUCCUAGUUUUCGAGCAAACACUUGGUCUCAUUACAUCUGCGGUAAUGGAGAGGCUUGGGGGCAAAGGAGCAUGUGUUCAUUUUCAUCGUGGUGCCGUUGCACAGUCAAUUCCAUGCGUACAUUCUAUGAACUACAACGAAUCUACACUUUCUACCUUCCUCCCUGUUCGGAUAAAGUGCCUUCUGACCGGAAAGCAGCUACCAUAUGAAAAUAAUAGGAAGGCUUGCAAUGAAGAAGAAGAGAAUGACGAUAAAACCAAGGAAGGGAAAUGUGAAGAAAAUGUAGAAGAUCAGGAUCUAGAAGCCCUUGCCCGACGCAACGAUAGAUUGGAUAGGGAAAGGCGAGGUCUGGAAAUGACAUUCGAAGGAAACGCCCAUGCGCUCAUCAUUGGAAGCCGUACCGUUGAUCCAAUAAAUGUUCUAGAAUUGGUUUACCCUACUCUCGCCCCAUCGGCCUCAAUUGUGAUCUAUUCCCCUCAUCAAAAUACACUUAUUUCUUGCUACGACUGGCUUUCGAAACGUCAAGCGAUAAAUCUUGUACUCACAGAUCAGAUGUGUCGAGUAAUGCAAGUGCUGCCAGAUCGAACGCAUCCUCUGAUGGCUCAACAUGUUGCUGGUGGACAUGUUCUGAGUGGAAUCAAAGUUGUUGAUCAGUGA